ACCGCUAUAAGUAAGGAGGAUGGAAAUCGAAUGAAGAUGCUCGUAAGGCUGAAGCAUAUGGGAUUGAGAUUUGGUGAUAUACCCUAUGAUAUCGCAAAAGAACUGGUUAAAUAUGACAACAUCGCGAAAGUGCCGCAAAAAAUGCGGAGCGAAUUGAUUAAAUAUAUGGUGAAGCACAGGACUGAUGAUCUUAUAUAUAAAUUCCCUGAGUCCAUUGCAUCCAUGAUUUUCCUAUGCCGAAAAUGUGGCGAUCUACCGGGAAACAUAGCAUCCAGACUUAAGCAACCAUUGACCAAACAUGAAUUUGGAAUGUUGCUUGAUGAACUGCCUGAAAACCUUGCUUCAGAGGUUAGUAAGUUUGCGAAAUAUGAAGAUAUACCGCGUGAUCUGGUUAACCGGUUACAAAGUCACAUGAGAAAGGAGCGUUUCUUGAAUCAGCUAUCAUGUUUACCCAAAGUGCUUGCCAGAAGAAUUUAUUCAUAUGGGUCAAUCGAUGCCAUUCCAACGAAGCUGCGUGAAGCAGUAAAUAAGUAUCUGGACAUUCAACAUUUUGACGACCUGGUGGCCAACCUCCCCAAGGAACUUUCUGACGAAGUUAAGCGGUGUGGAUCAUUCGAUAAAAUUCAUGACGAAUUGAAACAUAAGAUACAUGACCAUUAUAGUAAGCACUGCUUCGACGGUACCGAAGUGAAACAUCAUAAAAGGUUGUCUAAGAAGAGAACGUCAACUAGGACACAAGAUGAUUUUGAAUGAUGUGGUAGUGUAAUCGAGGUGACUAGGACG